GAUUAUUCGCUAACAAUAUCGGAUCGACUUUCAGACUUUCAGGAAAAUUUUAAUUUGAUUUAAUAAUGUUCAUUCGACAAUUAUUUAUAGUAUUUUGCAUCUUGAUGAUGUUCUACGUUAACAGCAAUAUGGGUGCAGCAACUGGAAGUUCUAAUGAUGACAACACUGAACAUAAGCAAUGCAAUAGUGGAGUUGGAAAGUGCGUUCCAUUCCUACUUUGCAAAGAGACAUUUGAAGAAGGGAAAAAUUCUGGUGAUUCUAAAACAAGCAUAGACAAUGAAUGUACAGAUACUUAUGAAUUGUGCUGUCGUACAGAAAAUAUUAAGGAUUCUAUUGACUGAAAUUUUUCAAAUCAUCAAGUAAUAGAUUUCAUAAGACAAUAAUUGAAAUUAUUUGUUAUUCCUUAAACUAUUUGAGUAGUUUAAUCUUUUAAUUCUAUAAAAUC